CGCCGCCCGGGGCUGCCCCCGCCCCUGCGCCUGCUACGUCCCCACCGAGGUCCACUGCACCUUCCGCUCCCUAGCAGCCGUGCCAGCCAGGAUCUCGACGCACGUGGAAAGGAUCAACUUCGGGUUUAACAGUAUACAGUCUAUAUAUGAAAACUCCUUUGCGGGACUCACAAAACUGGAAUUGCUCAUGAUUCAUGGAAAUGACAUUCAGAAUAUUCCUAAUGGUGCUUUGAAAGAUCUCGUGUCUCUACAGGUUUUCAAAAUUAGUUACAAUAAGUUGAAAGUCAUAACAGACCAAACCCUUCAAGGACUUUCAAGCUUAAUGAGACUCCACAUGGACCACAACAGAAUUGAGUUUAUUCAUCCAAAUGCUUUUAAUGGAUUAACUUCUCUGAGACUGGUCCAUUUGGAAGGAAAUUUGCUCCAGCAGCUUCACCCCAGCACAUUUUCAACAUUUAUGGUCCUUAAUUAUUUCAAACUGUCAACAGUAAGACAUCUGUAUCUGUCUGAAAAUGCUAUUAGGACCUUGCCCGCAGGGAUGUUUCAAGGCAUGCCGCUGCUGGAGAAUCUUUACCUUCAUGGGAAUCCAUGGUCCUGUGACUGCAGCUUGAAGUGGUUCCUUGAAUGGAAUGAAGUUUCUGCAGGUGUUUUAAAAUGCAAAAAGGACAAAGCCUAUGAAGGAGGACAGCUCUGUCCUAAGUGCAAUAGCCCAAAACAGCUGCAGAAAGAAGAUAUUCAAAAUUUGGAAGAUAUUUCCUGUAGGAAACCUGUUAUUCAGUCCUCACUGAGACAGAAUAGCAGCGUUCAAGAGGAAGAAGAUCGUGACAAUUACAGGCUCCCUCUGGAAGAGUUUCAGUCCUCUCCAUGGAAUAUUACUCUGAAUAUGACUGAUGAGCAUGGCAAUGUAGUCCACCUGAACUGUGAAAUCAAAAAACCAACGGGCUCUACCAAAAUUCAGUGGAGUCAAAUCCAGCCUCAAGAAAUUGAUAUAAAUGCUACAAUUUCACUGGAUUUUGAAUGUCCAAUGAAUCGAGAAAACUAUGAAAAAUUAUGGAAGCUCAUAGCUUAUUAUAGUGAAGUACCUCUCAAACUGGAGAGGGAACUUAUGCUCAGCAAAGAGCCUAAAAUAAGCUAUCGGUACAGGCAAGGCUCAGAUUAUGAUGCUCUUUACUACACAGGUGUCAAAGCUCAAAUACUCUCUGAACCUUCCUGGAUAAUGCAACCUCUGGUAAAUAUCCAAUUAAACAGACGCCAGAGUACAGGGAAAAAAGUGGUGCUGUCUUUUUUUACUGAGUUCUCUCAGACAAUUCAUACCAAAGACACCAGGCAGCAGAGAAGCUGGGUAAUGAUAGAGCAAAAUCAGAGCACAAGGACAGCGCAGAGUGUGGUGGAAGGUUCAGAGUGUCAGCUGAGCUGCAAUGUGAAAGCAUCUGAGAGUCCCUUCAUUCAGUGGCUCUUUCCAGAUGGGACUAAGUUGGAGGCACCGUUUAAUCAGAAAGACAGUAGGUUUUCCAUUCUCAGUCGUGGCCAGCUAAUAAUCAAAGGAGUGACUUACACUGAUGCUGGUCUGUAUUACUGCAUUGCCCAAGUGAGCGAUGAUGUGGAUAUAAUGGCUUACAGACUUUUAGUGCAGCCACCAGCUAUUCAGCCAGCUGAUUCAGAUGUAGUGAGAGUUGAAAAAAAUGUUGGAGAUCCAAUAGUUUUGCCUUGUGGUGCAGUUGCCAUUCCAGAGGCACAGCUGAGCUGGAUUCUUCCAAACAACCGGGUGCUCAAUGAUUUAUCAAACGCAUCAAAAGGAUACAUGUUGGACAACGGUACUUUGCUUAUUCCAAAAAGCCACGUCAGUGAUAGUGGCUAUUACAGAUGUGUGGCUGUCAAUCUGCAUGGAUCCGAUCAGUUUGUGAUAAGGGUUACGGUAAAUAAAAUGGUGUCUGACAGGUCAUUUAAAAGGAUAAAACUAAAAAAGCGUCCGAAUUCAAAAAGUUUAGCAAAAACAAGAGGGCGGGUAAUAGAGGAUGGAGAGGGAUCAGGGGCAGGAGGGGUGGAUGAGUCCCCACGAAAAAAGAACCAUCUGAAAGACCGGGAAAUAUCCUUUAAGCAAAGAACUGACCAGGUGUCAGAGACUCAAGUUAAAAAAGGGAGGAAGGGCAGAAGGAAAAUGAAAAUCUGGAAAGGUACUGAUAGAAUCCAAGACAGCAAUGUUGCAGAAGGCCGGAGAGUAUUUGAAUCUCGAAGGAGAAUUAAUAUGGCAAACAAACAGAUUAAUCCACAACAGUGGGCUGACAUUUUGGCGAAGGUCCGUGGGAAAAAUCUUCCCAGGGCAACGGCAACAACCGUUUCUUUAACAACUGCACUGCCAUCAGUCAUGCAGAAAACGACUCCAGUCCCUCAUCCAGUAGCAAGCCCUCCUCCUGCUUCAGAGACAGCAUCUGAUGUGGUAGAUUCUUCUGCUGAUGCCUUGCCUUUGGGUGAAGAUGAACCGUUCUCAGUCACUGUUUCCCACAGCACUAAAGCAUUUUCAGCCCAAUCCAUAUUAACGAGAUCAGAAACAGAACCUUCCUCUGACCACAGGGCUUUAGAAACACCUGCAAGUAAAUACACUGUGGAAAGCCCUAUAUCAGAUCCAUAUUCAAGUCCGGUCUCUGCAACUGUGCAACCCCAAAGUCAGCAGCAGCUUGACAUCAAGACUGAUUAUUCAGUUGUAAUCACAGAAAAUAUCCAUGCUCUCACUGAAGGACCUCUAACCAAACAGAUAGUAACUAACUUCCCGAAUAUUCAGAGCAGUUUGUUCACAGUGGGAAAUGGAGCUACACCUGUAUCUUCUAAGUCAGAGGAAAAUUCUGCUUUUACUGAGCUACCACUUGAUGCUACUGUCCUAGCUCAAUCUGAGGCUCUAGAUCUUCAUAGCGUCUUGGAGACAAAUGUGAAUGCAAAUGAAGUGGACCCCGUCAGUGUUGAUAGCAUAAUUUUCACACCUUCCCAGUUGAACAAGAUCAUCUCAACAGAUUUUGCAGCUGCUACUAUCAUUUCUUCAUCUGUUUCACCAUUUGUUACAGAAAAGAGCAGUAACUUGAUACACCAGCACACAGAAGUACCCACAGGUGGGACUAAAACUGCAGACUUAAGUACAAAUUAUCAAGCUGUCACAUCCAUCAGUGUCCAGAGCAAGGAAGAACCAGAGACCCAGAGGGAUACGGUGGCUCAAGAAAGCAUGUCCAGCAGCUAUGCAAAGAGUCCUCAAGGAGCAGAACACAGAAACCUGCCUGCUCCAAAACCAGGUCCCAUGUUCACUUUGACAAGUACUAACACUCCUCGUAUAAAAGCAGAGAGGAUAACAACUGCUGCUUCCAUCAGCAAAUUGACCACUGUGGCCACAACAACUCCUUAUAGAAAGAUCACACCCUCUAACUUACAUGUUACUCAACAUGGUAGAAAAAGGCCUUAUGGGAGAAGGAGACUGAGGCCAAACAGAAUCCGACAAAGACCAAAGCCUUUUCCCCCUUUUAUUUUAACCACAGACGGAAUACCUAUCAUUCCAAGAACAUCUAAAGUUGAAGCUAUUACCAAAAGUGUCCCUGCAGCUCUUGAUGAUGAUCGUAAAACUGAUAUCAAAAUGCAUACUAAAGAAAAGGAGCGCUUGGAAGUUACUCCUUCAUUAGUUACUGAUCCAGUUGUCUUAGAGAAGGUGACCAAAAUUAGAGAGGUGGUCACAACUUCUUUUUUUAAGUCUACUACUUCUUCACCUGAAACAAAAGAUGUGACACUUCCUACUGCUCCCGAAACCUUGGCACUUCCAGUCACUGCAGCUGCCACAACCUUACCAUCAUAUGUUGGACAUAACACAGUUCCUAUGACAAAAUCAGACACACCCCUGAAACCAGAGCAAAAUAAUGUACCAACAUACCACUCAUUAGACAAUAUGUCCGAAGAAAAAAGCAGUAAAGCAGCUUAUGAAAGUACAGAUAGUAAGGCAGAACAAUCAAGGAUAACAGCUUCUCCUGAGCAUAUGGGCACCUUGAUAUCAUCUACAAAACCUAGUUACCCAGAAACUCAAGAAGAGUCCAUCCUUUUUGACUCAGAAGUUCUGGCUAACGAAAUCACCACUGGAGCAUUCAAGCUGAUAUAUCCCACUGUGACAGACUUAAGUAUUCCUGGUGGCACAGUGGAAGUUUUUAAGGACCCUUCAGUUUCAGAGGCGCUGCAGAAGCCUACAGUGGCUUUAAAAACACCAGCAAUAACUGAGCUACCUCAGCAACAAGAAAUAAUUGCUUUGUCCUCCUCCUUCAGCACAACAGAAGCACAAACUUUUCCACUAACAGAAAUGAAGAAAUUUGUUGCUGUUCCUUCUCAGAUGGGGAAAGAAACAUCUUCCCUGGAUAAAACGGAAGCUAUGCCACAUGUAUUUCAUCAUGAUCCCAUCAUGCAGACAACUGAAAAGCCUCCAACUACACUCACUGCCUUUGACCCAUUUACAAAACUUGCUACUCUUCCCUCACCCAUUUCAAGCACUUCACAUCAUUCUGUUUAUUAUACCACCAAGGAUAGCGAUGCCUUUAAUCAAGUAAGGUUCCCAGUGACAAAACAAAUUGAAACAGGUGUCGACAGAGUGACAGUGAGCUCAAGACAGAAUGCAUACCCUACUCCCUCCUCUAGCCAAAACAGGAUCAGUAUACAGUCUAAAGAGGAACAAUUCAAAGAAACCUCUAGUAGCAAGUCAAACAACAGUUUAUUGCUAUAUCCACACCUUCCCCAUCCGCCAGCUGGAAUGAUACCAAGCCUAAACCAAAGACUGCCUGUUGUGCCUCCAAGGCAUAUUCCAGUAAGAGGCACAAUGAAGCCCCCCUAUAUUAUAACACAAGGCUCAUUUCGCUAUUUUAUAACACACCAGCCUCUUCACUAUACAAACAAACCAGAGAUAACAGCAUAUGCAGCACAUACCAUCCAGGACAAAAAACCCACUGCCCCUCAGACAGAAACAACAACCACAACACCAGCCACUCCAUUUUACAGAACAAAUCUACUCACUGCAAGCAAGUUUGGUAAUCAGAGUCAGAACAGAUACAAUAUUAAUUCAAGACUUUUUGGCAGUAACUACCCCCCAGAUAAUAGAGGUACAGCAGCGAGACUACCAAGUCAAGGGAUCCCCCAUCAUCCUGGUUCCAGAAUGGUGUUCCCUCUCAACCGAACAAGGAUAUUCCCUCACUUAGGAGUGCAUCUUAAACCAGUGGUCCCUACUCAAUUAGUCCCAAAAGAUGCAAAUGAGAACAAAAUUGCCCAGGUCUCCCCUACCAGGAUCACGGUGCAGAAAGCUACAGCUAUUGCAGUGCCUUCGUUGCCACACACCACAACCACCACAUCAUCGCUGCCAGUGAUUUUGAAGAUUACUCCUCCAGCCUUUCUCUCCCAGCACACAAGACCACAUAUAUCCGCUACAGUUCAGCCUUUUAAAAGUGUCCAUAAUCACCAUCAAAAAGCUCCAUCUGUGCCUUACGUGAGAGGCAUAAUGCCACAUAAUUCCACCAUAAUUCAGUCUCCCACUAAUUUCAAAACUCCUGGAGAAAGACCUAAAAUUAUCACAAAGGGAUCUCACAGCAUAUCCAUCCUUGCUGAAACGGAUGCUUUUAUCCCUUGUGAUGCAGUAGGGGAACCUAAACCUUUUCUUACUUGGACAAAAGUCUCUACAGGUGCUCUAAUGACAGCCAACACAAGAUUACAAAGGUUUGAGGUCUUGAAAAAUGGCACCUUGGUUAUCCGAAAUGCUCAGCUUCAGGAUCACGGGCAGUAUUUGUGCACUGUUCAGAACCUGCAUGGCAUAGAUAAAAUGAUUAUUGUCCUUACGGUUGUAGCCCACCAGCCCAAAAUUCUACUUUCCCGCUAUCGAGAUGUCACAGUAUAUUUUGGAGAGACUGUAGCAAUGCAGUGUCAGGCCAGUGGGAUUCCAAGCCCACAUAUUUCCUGGAUUCUCCCCGACAGGAGGAUUUUGCAGCGAGUCACCACUGCAGAAAGCAGGGUAAUGCUCCAUGAAAAUCGAACCCUGUCUAUCAAGCAAGCAACUUUUUCAGACCGAGGAGUGUACAAAUGCGUAGCUAGCAAUGCUGCAGGAGCUGACAGCAUUGCAGUGAGGCUCCACAUUGCAGCCUUACCCCCCAUCAUCCAACAGGAUAAACAGGAGAACAUUUCCUUGCCCCUUGGUAGCAGUAUUAACAUCCACUGCAAUGCCAAAGCAGCACCUUUUCCCAGCAUCCGUUGGGUGCUUUUUGACGGCACACAAAUUCGACCAUCCCAGUUUGUCAAUGGGAAUUUAUUUGUUUUCCCCAACGGAACUCUUUACAUUCGCAAUGUCUCUCCAAAGGACAGUGGGACCUAUGAGUGCAUUGCGGCUAACAUGGUGGGAGCUGCCAGGAGAACAGUACAGCUGCAUGUGAGGAAGCAAGCAUCUAACGCCAAGAUCACUGGGAGUUCUCCUCAGAGGACCGAUGUAACAUAUGGCAGCAUUCUGCGUCUGGACUGCAGUGCUUCUGGUGACCCCUGGCCUCGGAUAUUAUGGAGGUUGCCUUCCAAAAGGAUGAUUGAUUCCCUGCACAGUAGCUUGGAGACUAGAAUCAAAGUGUUCAGCAAUGGGACUUUGAUUGUCCAUUCAGUCACAGAUAAAGAUGCAGGAGAUUAUUUGUGCGUGGCCCGCAAUAAGAUUGGGGAUGACUAUGUGGUCCUCAAAGUGAACGUGAUGAUGAAACCAGCCAAAAUAGAACAUAAGAAUGUGAAUAACCACAAGGUCAAGUAUGGAGGGGACCUGAAAGUUGACUGUGUAGCCACAGGUCUGCCAAAUCCUGAGAUCUCCUGGGGUCUCCCAGAUGGCAGCAUGAUUAAUACCUUCAUGCAGUCAGACGACAGUGGUAGCCGAACAAAGCGCUACGUGGUCUUCAACAAUGGAACCCUGUAUUUCAAUGAUGUUGGACUGAGAGAGGAGGGGGACUACACCUGCUAUGCUGAGAACCAGAUUGGGAAGGAUGAGAUGAAAGUGCGGGUCAAAGUAGUGGCUGAGCCUGCAACUAUCAGGAACAAAACAUAUGUCAUCCUUAAUGUACCAUAUGGUGAUGUUGUCACUGUAGCAUGUGAAGCCAAAGGAGAGCCCACUCCCAAAGUGACUUGGCUCUCCCCAACAAACAGGCCCAUUCCUGCCCUAUCUGACAAAUACCAGGUCUACAGGGAUGGCACCCUACUCAUCCAAAAGGCCCAAAGAUCUGACAGUGGUAACUACACUUGUGUAGUGCGGAACAGUGCUGGAGAAGAUCGGAAAAUAGUCUGGAUCCAUGUUAAUGUUCAGCCUCCCCGAAUCAAUGGACAUCUCAAUGCGAUAACAUAUGUGGGGGAGACAGCUGUAAGGGACAGCCGGAAGCUUAUUGAUUGUAAAGCUGAAGGCAUCCCAGCUCCACGGGUCCUGUGGGCUUUUCCAGAAGGGGUGAUCCUGCCUGCUCCCUACUAUGGGAACAGGAUCACUGUGCAUCGCAAUGGUACUUUGGACAUUAGAGGGGUGAGGCAGACGGAUGCAGUGCAGCUCAUAUGCAUUGGGCGGAACGAAGGAGGGGAAGCGAGGCUGAUUGUGCAGCUCCUUGUCACGGACCAUUUGGAGAAACCUUCCUUCAGAGACCCUGUCAGUGAAAGGAUCACUGCUAUUGCUGGGCACAGCAUCAACCUGAACUGCUCUGUCCAGGGGAGCCCUGAGCCCAGCACAAGCUGGAUCCUUCCCAACGGCACUGAAAUCCCCAGUGGAAGUCAUUUGCACAGAUUUUACCACAAGAGGGAUGGGAUCUUGCACAUCAGUGGUCUCUCUGCAGGAGAUGCUGGGACAUACCGUUGCACAGCCAGAAACCCAGGAGGUUAUGUGGAAAGGGUUGUCUUCCUGAAGGUGGGACUCAGGCCGGAAAUUAGCAACCAGUACAACAACCUGGUGAGCAUCAUUAAUGGAGAAACUCUGCAGCUCCACUGCAUCACCCAGCCGAAUCUGCGGGCACAGAUCUCCUGGACACUGCCCAAUGGGAUGGUCCUGGAUGCCCCCCAGGCUGUAGGUCGCUUCUCCCUUCUGGAGAAUGGCUCACUGACAGUGCGCGAGGCUUCUGUAUUUGACAGGGGCUCUUACCUGUGCAAGGUGUCCACAGAGUAUGGCACUUCUGUUAUGAACGUGCCUGUCAUAGUGAUAGCCUAUCCACCCCGGAUCACCAGUGAGCCAGCACCUGUCAUCUAUGCCAGGCCUGGAAAUUCCGUGAAACUCAACUGCAUGGCCAUUGGGAUCCCUAAAGCAGAAAUAACGUGGGAGCUUCCAGACAAAUCACAUCUGACAACAGGAGCUCAGUCUCGUCUGUAUGGAAACAAAUUCCUUCACCCCCAGGGGUCAUUAGUCAUCCAGCAGUCUACUCAAAGAGAUGCAGGCUUCUAUAAGUGCACUGCUAAAAAUAUACUAGGCAGUGAUUCGAAAACAACCUACAUACACAUAUUCUAACACUAAAACAAAUGCCUUUGCCUGGAUACUAAUGUCCAAGUCACUGCUAGGCAAGUGCAACAAGGAAAGUACUGUUUAAAACAGAGCCAGGAAGGCUGAGGGCAGAAAAAAAAAUAACACAAUGGAAUUCAUUCUGUUUUCAUACAAAAUACAUUGCUUUUGUAUUCAACACGAUAUAACUUUCCUGCAAUAGAAGGAGGCAGUAGAUGUAUUUAAGCUGAGGGGACUAGCACGUUGGAAAAGGUCUCUAAAUUGUUAAGACAAUGCAACAUGGUUUUUCAUGCUAUCCAAUAGCACCCGAGACCUAAAGUACUCUUAUACUUGUCAUUAGUCCAAAGCUACUUCUUGUUUUAACAAGCACCUUAAAAAUGCCAAAGAAGUAUUAACUGUAAUAAAUGAGCUGCAGUGAUAGAAGUGCUUUAGUAUUUUGUUGGAGAGACAUAAUUUUCUUUAUCCCCUGCAGUGCUUUUACAUAAUCUAGCGUUAUAGAGUAUGAUUACUAACCUUUUUGAUCAUUCUUCUAUCAACUCUUGAAAAUCAAAGACUAAUUUAGCAAAUAAGAGUGAUCUGUUUUUAAUAAAAAUAAAUUCAGACAUUAGUUACCAUAACAUAAGAACAAACCUUUUCCAGCUACAAAGGAUGCUUCAGUCAAAUUCAUGCAUUAUGUAUUUUAUAUAUAUUUCUAAAUCAGACUAUGAGACUAGAAAGAGUAACAGUGAACUUGGUCUCAUUUUAUAAAUUAUUGGUCUUUACAAGACUCUGAUACAUUACAGUGUUUUAUAAUGUUAAGGUCAAUAUACUGUACAUUUUAUAAUAAAAAAUA